AUGCUCAGGUCUAGGAUCCAGUCUGGCCUCGUCGCUGCCGCCCGCGGCGCCGAGCUCCGCGCCGCCCCCCGCGCCCUUGCUGGCGUGCACGCCGCGCGCGCGUUCGCGACCCGCCCGGCUGUUGCCCCCCGUGCUGCUAUGCUCGUGCCUUCUGUUGUCGGCGGUGUCCGUUCGUACGCUGCCGAGGCUGGUGGCCGCUUCUCGCGCACCAAGCCCCACUUCAACAUCGGCACCAUUGGCCACGUCGACCACGGCAAGACUACCCUCACCGCCGCCAUCACCAAGCACCUCGCCGAGCAGGGCGGUGGAAAGUUCAUGGACUACUCGCAGAUCGACAAGGCCCCCGAGGAGCGUGCCCGUGGUAUCACCAUCUCGACCGCCCACGUCGAGUACGAGACCAAGGCCCGCCACUACGCCCACAUUGACUGCCCUGGCCACGCUGAUUACAUCAAGAACAUGAUUACCGGUGCUGCCCAGCUCGACGGUGCCAUCAUCGUCGUCUCGGCUACCGACGGCCAGAUGCCCCAGACCCGUGAGCACCUGCUCCUCGCCCGCCAGGUCGGCAUCAAGAAGCUCCUUGUCUUCAUCAACAAGGUUGACCAGGUCGACGACCCCGAGAUGCUCGAGCUCGUCGAGAUGGAGAUGCGCGAGCUCCUCUCCGAGUACGGCUUUGAGGGUGACGACACCCCCAUCAUCAUGGGCACUGCCCUCGCUGCCCUUGAGGGCCGCGACCCCGAGCGUGGUGCCGCCAAGAUCCAGGAGCUCAUGGACGCCGCCGACACCUGGCUCGACCUCCCCGAGCGUGACCUCGACAAGCCCUUCCUCAUGUACGUCGAGGACGUCUUCUCCAUCUCGGGCCGUGGUACCGUCGUGACCGGCAAGGUCGAGCGUGGCACCAUCACCAAGGGUUCCGAGAUUGAGAUUGUCGGCAUGGGCUCCAACCUCAAGACGACCCUCACUGGCAUUGAGAUGUUCCACAAGGAGCUCGAGCGCGGUGAGGCCGGCGACAACAUGGGUGCCCUUCUCCGUGGUCUCAAGCGUGACCAGGUCCACCGUGGUCAGGUUCUCGUCGCCCCCGGCUCGAUCAAGGGUGUCAAGAAGUUCCAGGCCCAGAUCUACGUCCUCACCAAGGAGGAGGGUGGCCGUUACACCCCCUUCAUGGAGAACUACCGCCCCCAGCUCUUCAUCCGCACCACCGACGUCACCGUCGGCCUCACCUGGCCCGAGGGUACCGAGGACGCGCACGAGAAGCUCGUCAUGCCCGGUGACAAUGUCAUCAUGAACGGCACCCUCAUCCACGACAUUGCCCUCGAGGUCGGAUCGCGCUUCACCCUCCGUGAGGGUGGCCGCACCAUCGGUACUGGUAUCGUCUCCGAGAUCCAGGACUAA